CAGGAUUUAUUCAUCAAGAUUUUCAUUGCGGAAAUAUUUUAGUUUUUCAAAGGGAAUAUAUGAAAGAACCAGCUAUUUCUGAUUUAGGAUUAGCAAAAGGUCGUAACGAAACAAAUACUGAUGGAAAUUUAUAUGGUGUUUUACCUUAUGUUGCUCUCCACACACGAUAA